GCGAGCGUAGGUGGUCAGCCAUCGGAAAUGGCGCUCAAGCGGAUUCAGAAGGCUGAUGCACAUGCUUUAUGCUUAACUGUGAAAGCACGCUCAAAAAGAUUGAAAUCUCCCCUGCCUAACAUAAUUUUGCUUUUGCAAGUGCUGAUUAUAUUGUUUCAGGAACUGCAGGAUUUGGGCAGAGAUCCCCCGGCACAGUGCAGCGCAGGGCCAGUUGGUGACGAUCUUUUCCACUGGCAAGCCACCAUUAUGGGUCCCCCAGAGUCGCCAUACCAGGGUGGCGUGUUUUUUUUGACAAUUCACUUCCCAACAGACUAUCCGUUCAAGCCACCAAAGGUUGCGUUCACUACGCGUAUCUACCAUCCAAACAUCAACAGCAACGGUAGUAUCUGUUUAGAUAUUUUGCGUUCUCAGUGGUCACCCGCUCUGACAAUUUCAAAAGUUUUGUUAUCGAUAUGUUCGCUUCUGUGCGACCCGAAUCCGGAUGAUCCGUUGGUGCCUGAGAUUGCGCGCAUUUAUAAAACGGACCGAGAGCGGUACAAUCAGUUAGCACGUGAGUGGACGCAGAAAUAUGCGAUGUGA